GGGAUAUCCGUAAAGGGAACCAGACUCAGGAGUGAAGAAAGGCAAGGCAGGACACCUGUCCUGAGGGUCCUCUGGGAGAAACGGAGGCACACCGGGUUGGCCCCACCCUGGAGCUCACAUCUGAGGAAGUUGAGCCCUUUCCCCGGCAGUUCCUCUCUAAGUGUUGCAAUGGCGGAGUUUCUGGCAGGGCGUGGGGAGCCCUUGCUCAAUGACCUGCCUGCCUUGUCACUCAGAGGACACAGCUACCGGGAAAGCCUUGGCUCCCUUGGGGGCACCCCAAGUCAGACCUGGUGGUCCUGACUUCUGACUUGGGCCUUUCCAUGGUGUGGAACAAGCUCUGGAGGUCUCCGGCCCCUCCCAAGGACCAUGCCGCAGCCCCACUGACGCAGGAGUAGGGGCCUGAGGGCAGGGCACCUGGCAUGGGCUGUGUGUUCUGCAAGAAGUUGGAGCCGGGGGCCAAGGAGGAUGGUAGCCUAGAAGGGGACUUCAGGAGCUAUGGGGCUGCAGACCGCUAUGGCCCCGACCCUACUCAGAGCCGGCCUACAUCUUCCUUUCCCCACAUCCCCAACUACAACAGCUUCUCCCCUCAGCCCGCCAGCUCCGCCUUCCUUGAUGCGGGCACCAUCCGGGGCAUCUCAGGGAUUGGGGUGACCAUGUUCAUCGCUCUUUAUGACUAUGAGGCCCGAACGGAGGACGAUCUCACCUUCACCAAGGGUGAGAAGUUCCACAUCCUGAACAACACCGAGGGUGACUGGUGGGAGGCUCGGUCCCUCAGCUCCGGACACACUGGCUACAUUCCCAGCAACUACGUGGCCCCUGUGGACUCCAUCCAGGCUGAAGAGUGGUACUUCGGAAAGAUCGGGAGGAAGGAUGCUGAGAGGCAGCUGCUCUCCGCAGGGAACUCCCGAGGGGCUUUUCUCAUUAGAGAGAGCGAGACCACCAAAGGCGCCUACUCCCUGUCCAUCCGGGAUUGGGACCAGGCCAGAGGCGAUCACGUGAAGCAUUACAAGAUCCGGAAGCUGGACACCGGUGGCUACUACAUCACCACGAGGGCCCAGUUUGACUCCGUGCAGGAGCUGGUGCAGCACUACCUUGAGGUGAACGAUGGGUUGUGCCAUCUGCUCACUGCGGCCUGCACCACCAUGAAGCCGCAGACGCUGGGUCUGGCCAAGGACGCCUGGGAAAUCAGCCGCAGCUCCAUCACGCUGGAGCGCCGACUGGGCACCGGCUGCUUCGGGGAUGUGUGGCUGGGCACGUGGAACGGCAGCACCAAGGUGGCGGUGAAGACGCUGAAGCCGGGCACCAUGUCCCCGAAGGCCUUCCUGGCGGAGGCGCAGAUCAUGAAGCUGCUGCGCCACGACAAGCUGGUGCAGUUGUACGCGGUGGUGUCUGAGGAGCCCAUCUACAUCGUGACCGAGUUCAUGUGCCACGGUAGCUUGCUGGAGUUCCUCAAGGACCGGGAGGGUCAUGUUUUGAAGCUGCCCCAUUUGGUGGACAUGGCAGCACAGGUUGCUGAGGGCAUGGCCUACAUGGAGCGCAUGAACUAUAUCCACCGUGACCUCAGGGCAGCCAACAUCCUCGUCGGGGAGCGGCUGGUGUGCAAGAUUGCUGACUUCGGGCUGGCCCGUCUCAUCGAGGAUGACGAGUACAACCCCCAGCAAGGGACCAAGUUCCCCAUCAAGUGGACAGCCCCAGAGGCUGCCCUCUUUUGCAGAUUCACUAUCAAGUCAGAUGUGUGGUCCUUUGGGAUCCUGCUCACUGAACUCAUCACCAAGGGCCGAGUCCCCUACCCAGGCAUGAAUAACCGCGAAGUGUUGGAACAAGUGGAGCAUGGCUACCACAUGCCGUGCCCCCCAGGCUGCCCAGCAUCCCUGUAUGAAGUCAUGGAACAAACCUGGCGUCUGGACCCAGAGGAGAGACCCACCUUCGAGUACCUUCAGUCCUUCCUUGAGGACUACUUCACCUCCACAGAACCCCAGUACCAGCCUGGGGAUGAGACAUAGCCUGAUUGGGCAUCAACCACCUCUCUGGGGGUGCCUGCCAACCCCUUCCUAUUCCUAGGGUUCUGGUCCCAAAACCUCCAGGCCUAGAACCCUAUAGUGUCCUAGCAUGUCAGAGUAAGCAAGUUGCUUUAGGUUCAUCUAGGGCAACCUGUUCAUUUUAAAGAUGGGGCAAAUUGAGGCUCAGAGAUCAUCCCUCACCCACUCUGGCCCCAAGCUCUAUCUCUCCCCUUCCCACUUAAGCCCCUACAUGCCUCUAGCCUUCCUGCCUGUGCCCCUUCCCCCCAAAAAAGAAAUGCUGAGAUUUUUUUCUAGUUAUUUAUAAAAUUGUAUAUCCUUUCCUUCACUUACCUCCUGUCCCUGCUUUCUUACCUGUCAACCCACCCUGGUCCAGACCCCCAGAAUUCACCUCCUACUCAAUUCCCUCAUGUCUGUAAGUUACAAACACAGGAAAAAUUUCUGUCAGAUUCCUUUCCCGCUGGGUGGAUGCUGUCGUCCACAACUGGGGUCCAAGCCAGGGUGAAGGAGAGGGUUGCUGAGGGCUCAUCACCUCUCUGAACCAUGUGUGUGUUUACUGAUUUUGUAAAUAAGAAGAGUGACCAUAUGAA